AUGUGAAUGACAGCAGUCAAGAUGGCGGACGGCAAUAGAGAAAAGUGAUGAGGACAGGACAACAAAUGAUACAACUAGCCUCAAUUUAGACAUUCAAUAUCUUAUAAUUAUACUCACUGUUCACCGGAUAUUUGCGAAAGCGUUGCGAAUUAAUCAGACUUGUGUGGAAGGAGCGCAGAACCUAGUUUGCGCUUAUGUUAAAGAUUUAGGUAGCUAGCUAGCCAGCUGCUAACGUUAUCUGCGGAAGAAGGGGCACGUUGCAGCCAAAAAACAAGCACUGUUUUUGAGCUGAUUGCGUGGUAGACUUUUGUAAAUCGGUCACCGAUUAUAAUACCUAUAACGCAAGGUAACGUUAGCUUGGCAUAAACAGCGUUGCGUUCUCCGAUUUGGGCUUGCUAGAUAGCGAACUCGAUUAGCUAUUUUUUCUAUCUAGCUAGCGUCAACUGAGUGAGGAUUUUUUUUAUUUUACUGACGACAUGGCUCACUCCCCGGUUCAGAGUGGCAUUCCAGGGAUGCAGAACUUUAAAGCUGAUCCGGAGGAGCUGUUCACCAAGCUGGAGAGAAUAGGGAAAGGUUCUUUUGGAGAGGUGUUCAAAGGCAUUGACAAUCGGACUCAGAAAGUAGUGGCCAUUAAGAUAAUUGACCUUGAGGAGGCAGAGGAUGAAAUCGAAGACAUCCAACAGGAAAUUACAGUCCUCAGCCAGUGUGACAGUCCCUUCGUUACCAAGUAUUAUGGCUCAUAUCUGAAGGAUGCAAAAUUAUGGAUUAUUAUGGAAUAUUUAGGAGGAGGAUCAGCUCUGGAUUUGUUGGAGCCGGGUGCCUUGGACGAAACCCAGAUAGCCACAAUUGUCAGAGAGAUCCUGAAGGGGCUUGAGUACCUGCACUCUGAAAAGAAAAUCCACCGAGAUAUUAAAGCCGCCAAUGUGUUGCUGUCGGAGCAAGGAGACGUGAAGCUGGCAGACUUUGGAGUGGCGGGGCAGUUAACGGACACUCAGAUAAAGAGGAACACGUUCGUGGGCACUCCGUUCUGGAUGGCACCUGAAGUCAUAAAACAGUCUGCGUACGACUCAAAGGCGGAUAUCUGGUCGCUAGGCAUAACGGCCAUAGAGCUAGCCAAAGGAGAGCCGCCCCACUCAGAGCUCCACCCUAUGAAGGUCUUAUUCCUCAUCCCAAAGAACAACCCGCCCACGCUGGAAGGAAACUACUGCAAACCCCUUAAAGAAUUCAUUGAAGCCUGUUUGAACAAAGAGCCCAGCUUUAGGCCAACUGCCAAAGAGCUGCUGAAACACAAGCUGAUCGUCCGGCACGCCAAGAAGACAUCCUACCUUUCAGAGCUGGUGGACAAGUACAAGAGGUGGAAAGCAGAGCAGUCUCGGGAGGAAUCCAGCGACGAUGAGUCGGACUCGGAGCAGGAUGGCCAGGCGUCUGGAGGGAACGACUCUGGGAACGAUGACUGGAUCUUCAACACCAUCAGGGAGAAGGACCCCAAGAAGUUCCAGAACGGAGCCGCCCAGCCUGAUGAGCUGGAGAGGAACAAGGUGCAAGAAAGUCCAAAGAGGCCUUUGUCACAGAGCUUGUCCACUAUAAUUUCCCCUUUGUUUUCUGAGUUAAAAGAGAAGCAGGUUGAGGCGACCAAUGGCAAGCCAGAGGCUGUAGAUGAGUUGAGGGAGGCCAUUUUCCUGGCAGAAGAGUCAUAUCCUGGCAUCUCUGACUCCCUGGUGUCUGAACUAGUGCAGAGACUACAGAGGUUCUCUCUACCCGGGGCCGCCGCCUCUCAGUAAGACCUGCUGUGUCCAGCAACCAUCCACCUCCCACCCAUAGCAGCAGUCAGUCCAUGGCCUCUGACAUCAACAGCCAAGAUGAAGUCUCCCAGGAAGUUCUCAUCACUCAUUUGCCUAAAGCAAAACCUCGACCCACUUUAUCUCUACUUGUCCACGCCAACAUAUUGUCACAUUGGGGACAGUCAGUGGCUAGUUGAUAAGCUGCCACCUUAACUUCCACCUGCUGUAAGACAUCUUAGUCUCAUUAACUCCAACAUGAGUGCAGUUUAUUUUAGGGGGGGGGGGGGGUUUCAUUCACAAUUCUUCUAAAAGAACCAUUGAUAAAAAAAGUUGGUGUGGAUUAUUCCGAAAUGUCUAUCUGCAGCCUUGGGAGUAUGUAACUUUCUUUAGUUGUGUGGUUGUGCGAGUCAGUGUGUGCGAGCGCAUGUGAGCAUCUCCCUUGAUAUCCUGUGAAAUGUGCGGUGGAGAUUUGAAGCAUUCGUUUUGAAAACUCAGGUGUCCUGCUUUAAGUGGAUGGGGUCCUCUGGGAGAUGGAGAGAGCUCUGUUGGGUGGCUGUACAAACUUGUAAAUAGGCACAUUUUUACAGAUAUUGAGAAAUAAUGGCGUGUACGCAAAGGAAUCACUGUGUACAAAUGGCCAAAUGCUUCUGUAGAUAUAUUCUGUUAGAAAAGGUAAAUAUUUAAAAGACAUAAAUGGCCAUAACUGAGAUUGCCUUGCCUUUAUUACUUGUUAUUUUGUAUUUCAAUCUUUGAUUCCCUCUUGUUUUAAUACAUUUUUCGAGGACACCCAUCCAUUCAAUGGCUGCCCCCUGUCCUGUUUUUAUGUUGAUUGACACUUUGGGUACCGAUGUUACCUAAAUGCUCUUUGACCUUUUUGAAUUCACACUAUGUUAUGGCUGUCAUUGCAAUGCGGUGGAGACCAUAGAAACACAACCUGUCUAGCUGGAUCACAUCUAAUCCUCUCCAGUCGACACACUGGAUGCUGUGUUCCCAGCUUCAUCUUCAUGAGGCCACAUGGAUUUAUGAUGAGAUGAUGGUUGGAUUGUUCCUCUGUCCAUCACUUGUUAGAUGAGCGCUUUAGUUUAGCUCUAUGGAAGGUUCACCUGCCCUCUCCUUUUAACAUAGCAGUAACUUCAACUACUUAAUCCUCAACAGACAAGUCUUCCUGGGAGCUGCAGUGGUACAAUCGAUUCCCUCUGUACCAACCGCUUGAAUUGCACUUGGAAAAUAAAUGCCUUUUUAUUGUAGACAAAGUAGCCAUAGACGGUAGCAUGAGAAUUCUUGUAUAGGUAUGUGUCCACCUGAAGCAGCACAGCUUUGAGAACAGUAGAACCGAUAUGAUCUCCUGUAAAUUGGAUUUACACACACAGGGUUUAGUUGAAACGGAUUGCAGAAGUGCGUUUAGUAUAUUCAUACUAGUUGACGUCGCUGCUCAUAGAUCUAAAAAGUAGCAGAAAGCCAGCAGCCAUUAGGAAACAUACUGCACUUCCCUGCUGCUACAGACUCAGUGUAGUUUGAAAUGAAUGUGCAUGAAAAAAUAGCUCCUGUGAAUUGAACCGCACAGUAUGCGUUGUAGCAUACUACAGGACUUUGAACAUGAUGUCCUGGACCUUGAGUGUUAAAAGCCUUAGCAUCUUUGGCGAGAGUGGAUUGCAGAGUCACAGCUUUAAAAAGAUUUGAAGCCAAGCCUCUUUUUUUGGUCAAUUUUGGCCUUUUUGUAAUUGGUAGAAAUCCUGCAAGGUGUUUAACUUUGAAUCCCAUUAUAUCGCAGCAUGGACAAAUUAAUGAUUGACCUGCAUUUAAAUUAAAAAAUAUAUAGUUUUAGUUGCAUAUUUUACAUGGGGUCAAAUCCUAUAAAGCACACCAAUUCAGAAGUAUGUACAGUGAGGCUCCUGUGGGAUUUCAACAGCUACUGGGAACCUUUUAUAUUAGUGUUCAGACCAAUUUUAGCUGUCCACUUUCCCUCUGAGUUUGGGCAUUUGGGUUUGGAAUUAUCUUGCUUUAUUAGUCCAAAUUUAACUUGCAAUCACAUCCAUCUAAGUAGCCUAUUAUAAAAAUUAUUUCAUGUAAACCCCCCCCCCACCCUUCAUUAUCAAAUCUUUCCUCUGACUUCUGUCUCCUGCUAGUAGGAUUUGUAGGAGUGGACAAGACCGCAUGUAGUUAAUAAAGGAGGUACAUCAUGCAUUUUCAUUUUGGACUAUAUGAACAUAUUCCAAAUAGUUGCCAUUUACCCCAUUUAUUCUAUUGAACUGUUUGCCAACAUUUGACUGGACCCCUGAAUCUAUUUCAAUUUUCCCUUUUGUCACAUGUAUGUAGACACACCUUUUUUGUUGUAAUUUGCACCUUGUGGAGACUGUCCAGUUUGAUUAUCUGUUGCACUUUGUAAGCGUUUCUUCAGGAUUCAAGAAAACAAUUGGUACUUGAGGCUGUAGUUCUUUUUUCCGUUGUCAUUUGUUAAUUGAUUACUACUGUACCUUUUUGAGUAUGGCAAUAAAGCAGAGGUCAUCAGGUCACAUUUCUCAGCGCAGGUAUAUUCUAUGGAACAAGAAUAUUUUUCUAACUAAAGAGCAGUAUUAUAGUAUAGAAUAAAACCAUUAUUGUCCUGUUAUUAAUGAUAGUUAUCACAUAAAGUUGACAUUUCAUUUUCUGUAACAUUGCUGACUGUUUAUAGUCCUGUUUAUAAUCCUUGCUUAUGUCACUCAAACACCAAGGUAUUGGACUCUUUAUAAGCUUUCAAGUGAUUAAGAAAAAUAAAAAUCUAAUGCAAAUAUAAAUGGA